AUUUUGUUGAAUUCUAUUAGAAUUAUUCUACUCAAUCAUCGGCUGACAUUUGUAAAUUAAAUCUGUAUCAAGUCAGUCGUCUUUCACCUGUCAGCAUGUCCGGCAUAAUCAUAUUUCUGUGCCUUCCAAUCAUUGUUUUCCGUCUGCCCAGCACCAUGUGUGUCAUUUAAUAGCUAAUAUACGAUUAUAGCCGAUUGCACCCGUCCAUUCCGUAGUUCGUGAUCCAUAAACCGUGACCCCGACAGUCCGACGAUGUCCAAGAAAGGCAAUCAACUCAAACCCCCAUCCAUUCAUCCAUCAUCGACCAAUCAUCCAGGCUGCAAUCAGAAGAUGACAGCACCGCUUCCUAACCCAAAGCCCGAGGAGAAGAGCCGCAUCCUGGAAAUGCAUGAGAUAUUCCUGGGGCACGACACCCGUGGCGAUAAUAAGAUAUCCAUUCGCCACCUGGGCGACUGUCUUCGUGUGAUGGGUGCCAAUCCCACCGAGGCGAUGGUCGGCAAACAUGUCCGCCAGUUCGAGGCCUCCACCAUGGAGCGCAUCUCCUUCGACGAGGUGAUGACCAUUUACAGUAGUCUGGGCAGGCACGGUGGCCGGCUGAGUCCCCGGAAGAAGCAGAUCGAGGAGGAGCACUUCAUCGAGUGCCUGAAGCUCUUCGAUACGGAUAAUUCCGGUCUGCUCCCCGCCAUCAGAAUUCGACGUAUUUUAACCCAGUGCGGAGAGUGCUUGAGUGCCUUUGAGGCGGACCAACUGCUGAAGGGCAGGAUCAACGAGCAGGGCAUGGUAGACUAUAAGGAGCUGAUUCAUGAUAUUAUCAAUGGGUAGCUAAAAGGAAAAGCAAGUAAGGAGA